AUGUCGUCCAACGCCAUCGAGGCCCACGGCGUCCGGGUAGCUGUCGAAGGAUGCGGGCACGGCACACUCGACGCCAUCUACGCGGCCGUUGCUGAAUCUUGCAGGGCUCGCGGUUGGCAUGGCGUAGACCUGCUCAUCAUUGGCGGCGACUUCCAAGCCGUGCGCAAUGCUGCAGACCUCAGCGUCAUGUCCUGUCCUGUCAAGUACCGCCGACUUGGCGACUUUCCUGACUACUACGCCGGCAAACGCACUGCGCCGUUUCUCACCAUCUUUGUUGGCGGCAACCACGAAGCAAGUUCCCACCUCUGGGAGCUCUUCUACGGAGGAUGGGUAGCCCCCAACAUUUACUACAUGGGCGCCGCAAACGUUGUUCGCUUUGGGCCUAUUCGCAUUGCAGCCAUGUCCGGCAUCUGGAAAGGAUUCGACUACAAAAAAACCCAUCACGAGCGACUCCCCUUCAGUGACGACGACGUCAAGUCAUUCUACCACGUGAGAGAGGUUGAUGUCCGAAAACUUCUCCUGCUGCAAACUCAGGUCGACAUCGGCAUUAGCCACGAUUGGCCGCGCCACAUUGAAAAUCACGGCGACGCCGCAAGGCUCUUCCGCAAGAAGCCCGACUUUCGAAGAGACUCUCAGAGUGGGCAGCUGGGAAGUAUUGCUGCCGAAUAUGUCAUGGAUCGGCUGCGUCCUCCCCACUGGUUCUCGGCACACAUGCACAUAAAAUUCGCGGCUCUCAAACAGUAUCAAGACGCCCCUCCAGUUGGGCCGUCCGCGGUUGCGAGCGGAGACCAUAGCGCGCUGCCAGGGGAAGAAGCAAACCCCGAUGAGAUUGACUUGGGUAUGGGUAUGGGUGGUGACGACGACGAUGAUGAUGCUGAAAACGAUGAAGAGCAGAAAUUUUCGGAGGCUUCCACGUCCGGAGAGACAAACCAAGUUUCCGAGGAACUUCGGGCACAGUUACCCGCGUCAUUCGCAAAGCCACAACCUAAAGGCAAUCAUAGACCUGGACAACCAGUGCCCCUGGGCAUCAAGAACAAACAAGUCCGUUUCUUAGCUUUGGACAAGUGUCUGCCGGGACGGCACUUUCUCCAACUAUGUGAAGUCAAACCAUUCAACCCAGCGGACCUCGCAGCGUACCCCCCCAGAUCGUCAAACCGUCGCUACCAGCUGGAAUAUGACCCCGAGUGGCUCGCCAUCACACGUGUCUUCCACAACACUCUCAACAUUGGCGACAAGGGGGCUCAGCCAUGUCCUGACCUGGGCGAAGAGCAUUACCUGCCCCUCAUUGAGGCCGAACGCUUCUGGGUUGAAGAAAACAUAGUCGGCAAGGGCAGGCUUGAGGUCCCUGAAAACUUUGAACUCACUGCUCCACCACACGUUCCUGGCACUCCAGAGAUUGUAGACGAGCAGCCUGAGGAGUAUACAAAUCCACAGACUGCGGCAUUCUGCCGCCUCCUAGAGCUGAGGAAUCUCUGGAAUGCCAGUGCAGAAGAUAGAAAGGCGAGGCGAGAUCAAGGGCCGCCCCCGUCAGAAUACCAAGGCCACCGCCGGGGUUUCGGCGGCAGAGGAGGGCGAGGAGGCGGCAGAGGGGGAGGCAGAGGGGGAGGCAGAGGGGGAGGCAGAGGAGGCGGCAGGGCAGAUGGCAGGGGACGAGGCGUAAAUCGUGGCCGUGGCUACCGAGGACACUGGUGA